GGAAUUGAAUUAGAAAUUGUGUCACCUUUAAAAAGAAAAAGGAAAUUAGAAAUAGGCCCCACGCUGUCAUCGUCCCAUACUCCAGCAGCUGCAGUUUGAGCUCACUGUUACUGAUCAAUUCUUACUUUCAUGGGCAACAAAGACAAGGCUAGAGAGAGGAGAGAGAAAAGGCAUCAAGAAAUCUCUCUCCUCCGAGCAAUUCCCUAUUCCGAUCACCAGCGAUGGUGGACCUCCAAUACCAUUGCAGUGGUGACUGGUGCAAAUAGGGGAAUUGGAUAUGAGAUAGCACACCAACUUGCCAUGCAUGGAUUGACAGUUAUUUUCACCUCAAGAGACACUAGUGUUGGAGAAGUAGCAGCAAAGGUCUUACAAGAACAAGGUCUAAGUGUCGUGUACUGUCAACUAGAUAUUCUGGAUCCGUCAUCAAUCGAAGCAUUUUCUGCAUGGAUAAAGGAAGUUUAUGGUGGUAUAGAUAUAUUGGUAAAUAAUGCAGGAGUAAACUUCAAUUUUGGGUCAGACAAUUCUGUGGAAUAUGCUGAAAAAGUUAUUGCUACCAACUACUACGGAACCAAAAACAUGAUCAAAGCCAUGAUUCCUCUGAUGAGACGUUCAAGUUCAGGUGCUCGCAUUGUUAAUGUUAGUUCAAGACUGGGAAGAUUGAAUGGAAGACGGAAUAGAAUCGGAAAUAUUGACUUGAGAAGAAAACUGGAAGAUGAUGAAUUGCUUUCUGAGGAACUGAUCGACCAGACAAUGAAUAUGUUCUUGGAGCAAGUAAAAGAUGGCAGUUGGAAAGAGGGUGGGUGGCCUCAAGUUUACACAGACUACUCUUUGUCAAAAUUAGCUGUCAACACUUAUACGAGGUUAAUGGCUCGGAUAUACUCGGACCAGCCAGAAGGUGAGAAGAUAUAUAUCAACUGCUGUUGUCCAGGUUGGGUGAAGACUGCUAUGACUGAUUGGGCAGGGCACACUAGCCCCGAAGAAGGGGCUGAUACUGCAGUAUGGCUUGCCCUGCUUCAAGAUCAAUCUGUGUGUGGCAGAUUUUUCGCUGAGAGGCGUGAGAUUAAUUUCUAAAAUACGGGAUGUCACGUUUUCAUUGGUGCUGUGUUUCAAUAGUAAGGAACACAGAACAACAAGCUAUGACAGAACGUGCUGCUUCAACGAGUUUUUAGCACUGCUUACUCUCGAGGCUUCCCGUCAGGUUUGCUUGCUUCAGGAACACAGAACAACAAGCUAUGACAGAAGGGUAUAAAAACUUUGCUACAUUUUGGCUGUUGUGAUUCUGAAUUUGAUGAAGAUUUGUUUGUGUUGAAAUUUUUAACUAUUUGAGCAGCUCUCCUCUAUUUAAUGAGAUGGUGUUUGUAGUUUGUGUACAGCUCUCGUCUGCUUUAACAAAUGUAAUCAGCUAUUCAGUUUUUAUUUGCCCCAAA